CACGCGCUCACCCACCGAGAAGAAGAAGAAGCUCCAGACGUCAGUUGAAACAUGGCGUUGAACGGGAGAGCUGUCACCAGUCUACAGAGGGAAACCAGCGCUCCCACUGCCACGGUGUGCCACUGAGAGUCACACGCGGAUUAUUUACUGACAGCUGGAGCUCCACGAGACACAUUUAUCCGCAUUUCAUCCUUUUUCUGACACUUCCACGGACUCGACGAGACGUUGACGCCGAAGCUAACGUCGCAUCCAGCACCGUUACAGGUUUAGCUAACGUUCACCUGGACGGUUUGACAGCAGAAUGUGUGCCGAGCUCUGUAGCUAACCGACGGUCGUUUACACGGUGAAGGCUCGCGAGCUGUCGAUCCUGUGAAGCCUUCAGCUAUCCGGGUUAACUCCUUGUGCUCUCAGCGACCAGCCUGUAAUAACACAUCAUGAUCCAGUGAACUGUUGCUGCUUAUUGUCACUCAGGUCAGCUAAUGCUAUCAGCUUAAACUUGACUCACCGGAGCCUCGUAUGCCAAGUUCAUACUGUUUAUAUACGUAGCUACAACGCGUUGAGGAAAUGUCAGACAACCAGAGCUGGAACUCGUCCGGUUCCGAGGAGGAUGCAGAGCCCAGAGAUGAGUCUGGACAUCUUGUUGGUGUCGUGGACCUGAGCGGAGUCCUCAGCAAGUGGACAAAUUAUAUCCAUGGAUGGCAGGACCGUUGGGUGGUCUUGAAAAACAACACGCUGAGCUACUACAAGUCCCAGGAUGAGACAGAGUACGGCUGUCGGGGUUCCCUCUGCCUUAGCAAAGCUGUUAUCACUCCUCAUGAAUUCGACGAGUGCCGUCUGGACAUAAGCGUAAACGACAGCGUGUGGUACCUGAGAGCACAAGACCCCGAGCACAGACACCAGUGGAUCGACUCCAUCGAGCUGCACAGGAGUAUCAGAGAGGGGAGGAGAGAGAAGGGAGGAAUCCAGGGAACAAUAAUCAUCCCUCCACCACUGGCUGAUUCUGGAUAUGGCUCAGAGUCCAGUCUGCGGAGACACGGCUCCAUGCUGUCUCUCACAUCAGCCACCAGCGGCUUCUCUGCCACCUCCACAUCCUCCUUCAAGAAGGGUCACAGCCUGAGAGAGAAGCUGGCAGAGAUGGAGACCUUCAGAGAUAUCUUGUGCAGACAGGUGGACACGCUGCAGAAAUACUUUGAUAGCUGUUCAGACGCCGUGUCUAAAGAUGAGCUGCAGAGGGAUAAAAUCGUGGAGGAUGAUGAGGAUGAUUUCCCCAACACCCGGACAGAUGGAGAGUUUCUGCACAACAACAACGGCAGCAAAGAAAAAUUGUUCCAGUCCUUGAGUCCCAAGGGAAUCAAUGGCAUAGACUUUAAGGGUGAGGCCAUCACAUUCAAAGCCACCACAGCCGGGAUCUUGGCCACUCUGUCCCACUGUAUCGACCUCAUGGUGAAGAGAGAGGACAGCUGGCAGAAGAGACUGGAUAAGGAGAUGGAGAAGCGGCGAAGAAUAGAGGAAGGCUAUAAGUCAGCCCUCAAUGAGCUGAAGAAAAAGUCUCAUUUUGGAGGUCCUGAUUAUGAGGAGGGUCCAAACAGCCUCAUUAAUGAGGACGAGUUUUUCGAUGCAGUCGAAGCUGCUCUGGACAGACAGGACAAAAUAGAGGAACAGUCUCAGACUGAGAAGACGAGGAUACAGAGAUCCAGCCCCGUCCCUCCUGGAGACGUCUAUUCCACCUCUGGCACACACAGAUUCUCUGAAAAGCCUCAUAGUCAGUCCACCCCUGCUCUGAUAGUCAGCACCCCUCCUCAUGAAGUCCACAGAUACAGCACAGAGGUGGAGGAGAUGGUGCAGAAUCACAUGACCUACUCCCUGCAGGAUGUUGGUGGAGAUGCCAACUGGCAGCUGGUUGUAGAGGAGGGAGAAAUGAAGGUGUACAGGAGAGAGGUGGAAGAAAAUGGAAUUGUUCUGGACCCGCUGAAGGCCACCCAUUCAGUAAAGGGGGUGACUGGUCACGAGGUCUGCCACUACUUUUGGGACACUGCCUACCGCAACGACUGGGAGACCACCAUUGAAAACUUCAAUGUUGUGGAAACGCUCUCGGACAAUGCAGUAAUUGUUUAUCAAACGCAUAAGCGGGUGUGGCCUGCAUCCCAGAGGGACGUGCUGUACCUGUCUGCCAUGAGAAAGAUUAUGGCCAACAAUGAGAAUGACCCAGACACCUGGCUGGUCUGCAACUUCUCUGUGGAUCAUGACGAUGCACAGCCAAGCAACAGGUGUGUUCGUGCCAAAAUCAACAUUGGCAUGAUCUGUCAGACCCUGGUAAGCCCACCAGAGGGAGAUAAGGAGAUCAGCAGAGACAACAUCCUGUGUAAAAUCACCUACGUCGCCAAUGUGAAUCCAGGAGGCUGGGCUCCUGCCUCCGUGCUCAGGGCCGUAGCGAAGAGGGAGUACCCAAAGUUCCUCAAGCGCUUCACCUCCUACGUCCAGGAGAAAACUGCUGGCAAACCCAUCUUGUUCUGACGCUCCCACAGUGUUGAGACAUAACUGCACAUGAGGCUUUGAGGAACCAGUCUCCACAGCAGCAGAGCAGCAGUCAGUCUGAAGUUCCUCUCACUGGUUUUCUCCAUCCCAGUUCUUUGCUCCGUUAGUUCCAGUAGGGGAGGGAGGGUGAUAAUGGUGCCCUCUGGUGGCUGCAUUAAAACAUCUCUGAGAUACAUUCAUACUGUAUGAAUGAUUAUUCCAGUCAUUUAUCAUAAUCAUUUCAAGAGAAGUUAAUAUUUGUUUUUCCCCUUCUUUGUGAUUUAAUUGAUAAAAUACUAAAUUAGAAAACCCCAGUAAGAGUCUCAGGAGAUGAAUGCACCCAGCAGUCGGCCCAGUCCACCUUCCCUCCCUGUGACCGUUCUUGCAGCAGCUCCUGACGCCAUUGUUCACGCUCAUGUAGAAGACUGACUCGUCUCUCUUUCUUACAGAUAUAUUAAUAUAUAAAUGUAUGUAUGUUCUAUAAGAAGUUUGUAAAAAAAGAAACAAACAGAUCUUUGCUAAUAGACUGAAAUAUUUUAUUCUCGCCAUUUAUAGUUCCUACUUUCUGUUGGUCCAUUUCCAUAAUUAGUAAGCUUUCUUUUUAAGCUGCUAACUUUUGCUAGCAAAACAUCACUGAUUGGUUAAGUCCCGAGGGCCGUCAUCAACUCGUGACCCCUAUGAUGUAAGACUUGACCUCUCUGACUCCGUCCCUCUGAUGAAGACACCUGUCACCAGUGCUGAUGGAGGGACGAGGCGAGAGGAGUUUGUCAUAUAUUUAAUGUACAAAACAAACGUCAUGUACAUGAUUUGCCUGGCUUUAUACUUGUGUCACUGUAAAAUGUUGUCAUAGCACAUAUUUUGAUUGUUGAACGACCUGUAAAUAGUGUCACUAACAUUUCUCUGAAGAUCAGACAGUUUUGACUUGAGCCCAGAUGCCUUAGUGUUACAGGAGAGUCUAGUUCAGACGGGACGACAGGUGCCGUCAGUGCACCGAUGAAAUCACUAGUGAAGUGCCUCAUGGCUGAGUUCCCCUUAUUAUCGUCUCCUUCAGGAGCUCAAAUUUGUCCUGUAAUAAAUAUAUUUACUGAAUGAAUCAACCACAGAGGGCUAGCGGGACAUUUUUACAAGUUCUAGUAUUAUAAAGACUUGAGAUACGUUUAAAUUUGAGUGUGAGCAUCGCCGCCUCAACUUACAGUGUUUCUGGUAUUUGUUACAAGUUUUGACUCCAUUUUAGGUCUUUGUGUCAUGUUUAGUCUGAAUGUCGCUCAUACAAGCGCAGAGUCCAGAGUUUAGUCGGAUCUCCUGUUUAAAUGGGUAGUUUGGAUUGUUUUAAGUGGCACUGUAUGAGGUAAUUACCCCUCGUCAGUGUAUUAACUACAGUAGAUGACUGUUAGGGAGUGAGUUUGAAGAAGCAGACAGGAGUACCGCCACUUUAGUGGACAGCGGGUAGCAGCAAAAUAUAUUUUAGCCACCCAUCAGUUGGAGUGUACGCCAUAUUGAGAAUAUUUUCACCUCUUUACCUUGCUGUCAGACAGCCCUGUCCAACGGGAAAAUGAAGCUGUUUGACAAAAACAGGAAUUUUACCUCGCAGAACACCGGAGCUGCUGGUCAACCGCUGCUCAGUCAAUUAGAUAGUUUGUAUUAUUGUGUGGCUUUUAAACGGUUAGCUUGGAUUCACGGAUGUCACUCGAUAACGCAAACACAUUGACCAGUCGAGGCAGAGGUAGAGCAGCAGCUCCUGUGUGCAGCUCUGGCUUUGAAGAGAGCAGAGACAACAGUUUCAGUUUCUGACAACACGGUAAAGUGGUGAAAACAUUCAAAAUACAGCGUACACUGAAACUAAUACAUUUUUUUUGGGUGGCUAAAAUUUGUUUUGCUGCUUCCCCCCUCCACAGCAGUACAUUGCUUAGCUUCUGUAGCAGUACUGCUGUCUGCUUCUCCAAACUGCGGACACACUGGCUGUUAUUUACUAUAGGCAUUCACUGACUAAGUACCUCGCACAACCCCCAUUUUAAAAACUCCAAACUAUCCCUUUAAAGUACUUGAUUUUAAUAGAAACAGUGUGUGUACAAUACUUAAUGACGCAGAUUAUUUGCUCAUCCUGUUACAGCAGUGUUUAACUCUGGACUCAGCAGUCUCAAAGUCGACACAGACUGAAAUAAAAUUACAGAACUUUUUCUGAGAGGAAGUUACACUGUUUGGUUUUCAUUACCGUAAUUAUUUCCCAGACAACACUUAAUAAAGUAAAGCAUUAGUAUCUCUACCUGGACAGCACAUCAUGUUCUUUGGGUCGUAUCUGACCGAUCUGCAGCUGUUUCAUGUCUCCACUCUCGAGCCUUUGAUUUCAGAGCUAACAGCAGCACGCUGUGUGUGAAGCCAGACGACGCCAGGCUGAAGCUCUGUCACCUAGAACACACGUUUCUAAUCCUAGUCCAAGUAACUGAAUGUAAUUAGAGAAACAUUUUUGUAAAUAAUUUGUUCAUACUAAUGCUGUGGGAUCAACUUACAAAUGUACUGUGACAGCGUCGCACUUCUUCUGCCCUGUUUUAAAAGUGAAAUAAAUAAGUUUGUCCUCCA